UCGUCAUAGUUAUCAUGCGAGUGGAUAAAACAAAAAAGAAAACCUUUUUUUACCACCAGCGCUCAAUCACGUGGCGGUUGUAUUAUUAUUUUCGCACACAUCGGUUCAUCGGUUGCAUGUGUAGUCUCAUUUUGCACAUGUUUGCACCACUGUAUUGGUGCGUGUUAUUGAAGAUAUUAACAGUGGUGGUGUAUACAUACAGUUUGCGAUCUACUACUAGGCUCACAGAGAAAGAGAAAGAGCUCGAUACCAUCGAACAGGACAUUCUAGUACUGCAAAAACACUCCUUUCGUGAGCGACUAUUUAGUGUGAGUUACCAAACGAAAGAGAAAGAGUGAGAGAGAUCUACUCCUAUUGCUGGCUGUUGUUACGUUACGGCCCUCCUGUGAUGCCGUUAGUGUAGUUUCUGUCUAGUGCGGAUAUCAAGGGAUUAUCCCUUAAAACAAUCCUACCGUAGGUGAGGCUUUUUUUGCUUCUUCUUUACGUGAGUUCCAUUUCUCGUCCCGGCACUAGCGCUGAGUGCCCGGUGCAAUGGGAAAGCUCUCGCACAAUAAUUUUCCCGAAGAGAAGUUGGAGCUUUUCGUUCCGUUUUUCAAUCACGUAGCCACACAACACAGAGCGUCGCGUGGAAGGAAAAUUGGUUGCUUGCUUGCUGUGAGUUUUAUUGGUGGCAAAACGUGAAACUUUGUGAGUAUAGUUUGCUCCCGGAAAAAAUCUCUCCCAGUGGCUUGCCCGCUGAAGGUGUUUUGACCGUAUAUUCAGUUUACGCAGUGUGUUCCCUCGGUGAGGAUCAUUCAUCGGUGUCAAUUGUCGCUUCCGUUACCCGUGUUUUGUCACAUAAUAAUCUGCAACCAACUGCCGCGCUUGUGUGUGAAUUUAAAGCUAUUUAUAGUGAUGGUGGCUGCAAAGCUGCAUUGAAGCUCAAGAAAAUAAUUGCUUCGUCAAUUAGUGUGUAGCAGCAAGUGUUGUAAUAGUUGUAUUAAAUACCGUGUUCAUGACAAAUCUUAAGCAAUUCCCCAUGAUAGUUUUAAUCCAUACGAAGUGAACAUGGCGUAAAUUGCUGUGUGUUUUUGUGUGUGAGAGUUUGCGUGUGUGGGUGGUGUAAAUGUAAAGCUCCCAAGAGGCAUGAAAGUGUUUCGUAAGAAAAAAUAAAUAAAAAUAUCGAAGAAAAUUCCAGUGUAGCGUAAAGGUAGUAAGUAAGCAUCUUUAGUGUAUUGUUUUUGGUGCAUCCGUGAAUAAACUCAUUUCGUAGUGAAUAUGAGCAGCACUGCAAAGGUGAUGAAACCGGGCCUCACAAAGCAGCUACCAACAAAAUCCAGUGCUUCCGGGAAGGGCCAGGUUAAAUUAAAUUAGUCUAAGCAAAAAGGGGGAAAACCUAAUCAUACCUUCCCCAAUUGACGAACGAGCGUUCCGGGAUCGACCGCGCUCCUGUGUGUGUGUAUGUUAAUUUUGCCUCCGUGUAGCCAAAUUUCCGCUUUGCAAGCGUGUUGAGUGUUGGGAAUUUCCCUUUCGUGCGGGCGUGAAUUUAAAUUACAAAACACACACACACACUCAACUGAAAGAAAUACCCAAACAUCGGAGAAGCUUCUGGCGGGAGGAGUCGGGAAUAGCGAACGAGGCAAGGCAUCUUCUACACUACCUAAUCAAACAUGCCCUUCGGCCGGAAGUCACCACUGGAGGCGCUGGCUAUGCCGGGUGCUAUUAUUGCGUACAAAUACAGCCAGUUCCGGCAGCGCCGCCGUGAGGCAGCUAAUCGGCGCGUGACGGAACGGGAACUGUCGGCAUUACACACGAAAAUCGAAAAGCUGCUCAGUAAGCUGGAAGAAAGUGAACUGGAACCUCCAACAUCGCAGGAAGAUGAGUGCGUCAUCUGCAUUAAUGCACGUGCCACCAUGCAGACGUCACCGUGCGGCCAUCGCGUCGUCUGUCGCCGGUGCUUCGUCAAAACCAUCCAAAGUGCUGUCGCGCAACGGUUGCUUCCGUUGCGGUGUGUCAUCUGCAGGGCAAGAAUAAACCGUCUUACGUCGGGUUCCACUUCUUGGCGUUUGCAAGGUUCUGCCAGCACGUACUCGAUGGGUAGUAAGAGUUGGAGCGUUCCCGGCUCUGCCAGUUCGUACAGUGUUGAUGCACGGGUUACCCAAUCCGCCAGCCUGUACUCGAUGAGUUCGGGUUCGUCGUGCGUGUCCGGUAUCUCGAACAUGUCCAGCUGUUCCGGCACGUCCGGUACGUCCGGUAUGUCUUCCACAUCGUCAACCAGCGGCAUGACGGAUGGUUCGAUGCACGGUCACAGCCAUCGGCACGGUACGGGCGGAUGCACUAGCAGCUGCAGUACGAGCGGUUGCCUCGGUGCCAUUCCACGCAACCCAUCCUACCAGCAUUAUCACAAAAAAGGACAAUACUACCUGAAGAAUCGUAUUCCGGAGAUGCCAAAUCGGUUGCCACCGAUCAUUGAGUUCAAAAGCCCAACACGCCACAGAACACCUUCCCCAGCGAAUCCGGGUGCACGGUUCAAAUAUUACACCCAGCCAGGCAAACCGGCGAACCCGGUCGAAUCGAUACCGCUGAUGACGGUGGAAAAGAUCGGUCCAGCCAAAUCGGGCCCCUCCAAGCUUGGGCUGAACGCAAAAAUAGCACCCGUUGCAUCGAAAUCACCCAUCAACAAAACGAACAUGGCCACGGGCAAACCGGUCACAACGUCACUCAUAACGGCCGUCAACAGUUCCACACCAAAGGCGCGCGUGCUGUCCGCAUCGUCCUCAUCGGCUGGCCCCUCCGGUCUAAGCAGUGGCAGCAGGGCAGUAGGGUGCGGUGACAGCGGUGGCAUGGGUUGCAGCAGUAGCUCGUUGACAAACAAGCAGGACGAAAAGUAUGACAAUAAAAAGAACGAAACGAUCGAGAAGAAAAAGAAAGAGGAAAAAGCCAAACAGAAGGCGGAAAAGGAAGCCCGAAAGGAAGAAAAACGCAUUGCCAAAGAGGAGGAAAAGCUUGCGAAAAUGCUUGCAAAGGAAGAGAAAAAGCGUGGCAAGCGGGAAGCAAAGGAAGCACUGCUAGCACACGAAGGUGGAAGUGGUCUAAAAUAAAGCAAAAGGAAAAGCCGAGAGAUAAAAUAAUAGAAGAGAAAAAAAAACGCAAUAAAUCUAGCUUCCAAAGCAUCAAAACGACACGACGACGAGAGCAGCAAGCUGAAUAGAAGUGAAACGUGGUUUCAAUGUGCGGCUGGUUUUAGAGCUGCUUCAGUGCGGGUAAGGAGGUUCCUCUAGGGAACACGAUCUAAAAAUCCACACAACAAUGGUUUUUUCGACUGGCCUUGUACUCUGUUCGUUGUUGCUCGCUAACUAACUUUUGAAAAUCAAACACUUUGGAUCAUAUUGAUUCAUUUCUGGUUUCUUUUUUUUUUCUUCUUUUUCGAAACUAUUUUUUUUUCAAUAACACACGGUAAGACUUAUUAAGCAACUAAUUUGUUUAGGUUUCGAUAUACACGUACGUCGCGUAAGCUGGUAGCUGUAAAGGAUAAUAAUUCUUGCUUUGAAGGUUAACGCGAUUGCAAAAACCAAAAAACUGCAACAAAAAAAUCAUCUAACAUUAGAGGGCAUUUUGUAAAGAAACAGUAGACAAAAACAACAUAUCACAUUCAUCCCACAGUAGCUAAACCGAAACCCCGAAGCGCAUAAAGUAGAAACAAGCAAAAAUGCUAUCAAUCAAUAGCUACGAAAAUGGUGCGUUGUGUCGGUGUGUGUAUGUUAGAUGAUUAGUUCACUCUCCUUCACUCACUAUCUAUCUCAAAACAGUUGUUUAGAGGUUAGUAGAACAGAUAUAACGGCGUAGCAUCAGUAGACGAGUUUUGCUCAUGGCAAUAAGUGUAAAAUCUAUGUUCCUAUGCUGGAUUAGAAGUUGGGUUGUGCGUGAAAAAGGUGCAAACAUAGCACACAUGAUAAGCCCAACCAAGAGUUGUAACACAUCAUGCCGUGAGGAAUUUGUGAUUUAGUUCUUUUAUUUUUUGUUAUUACAUUCACAUUUCCCUCCUAGUGUAGAACGAUUCCCACCACCAGACUAGGCAAAUACUUUCCACCAAAUUCAAAUUUAACUGUUUCAUGCAAAACUCAUGAUAAGGUCUCUCUUCUAACUGCAACCACUACCGUUCCCCAUCACGUUCAGUACAUAAUCAGCAACUUUUAAAUGCACCCGUAUUCGUCUGUUUUUUAUAUCCACGGGGAACCGAUAUUCCUUAUCGCAUACGAUCACAUACGCGAAUACACAAAGCUCACUGUGAUAGGUUUGAAGUUGUGCGCGAAUGGCAGAUCGGAUUAAUGAACGAAACAAGAAGAAAAGAAAAAAGCGGAAGGAAAAACGUUCAAGUCCUUACGAAAAUAAAAAAAAAUACUUAAAAAAGAAAAAAGGAAUCUCGUAAUAAUCGUUAAAAAAAGGUAAAAAAACAAAUCAACAAAAAAAAGAAGUUAAAAACAAACUUGUAAGUAGCUAAACGCGUUGAGCAAAAGCGAUGCGCAUGAAUGUUAAAGCAAUGCUGGUUUGGGUGUCUGUUAUGUAGCCAAAAUAUGAAAAUGAAAACAAAAAAGAGAAAACUAACGAAAAAAAAGCAACGUAGUUGAACAUGCUGAAAAGAGAAAAGGAGAGAAAAAAUUGUUGUUAUAGAAUUUUAAACCUAAAACCCGCAAUCUAGUAUGACCGGAAAAAUGGGGUAAUCCUUUCCGCAUGUAAUGCAUUUUAGAUUUUGCUACGAAUACAAAAACAAAAAAAACCAUAACCCAAGGUUCACACAAGGAAGAAUACUAAGGUACUAAUAAGAAUGUUCUAAAAAGUCUUCAGGUCACGUACACGUACACGAGUAGAGUAAAUGUUUCUGUAGGUGAUAGAUAAGAGGGAGAGAGAAAAAAAAACGUCCCAAUAACAGCAAUAAUGUUUUCCGAUCCUUGAGAUUAGUGUGUAGAAAUGUGUGUGUGUGCUGUAUGAAAGGAGGGAGAAAGAGUUUUCCAAGAGAGAGAGAAAGAAAGAGAGAGAGAGAGAAAGGUAACCAUUACUUAUAGUUAUCCGAGGUCCACUAACUUGAAACUAUCCCGUUGCCAAACAUAAAGGAGCUGUAGUGAGUGAUCAUUAAGCGAUGUUCAUUUUAAUCUCCACAUUGUAUGCAAACAGGAACUACGAAAAGGAAAAUGUCUAAUAGUUGUGGAUAGCAGUCAAUUGAGUAUGAACAUCGGAAAUUCAAUGUCAGGUCUGGUAGUGCUCUGGCAUGUUGCCGUCUACACUGAAAAUACGACACGACAUAUCGAACCAAGGCGUGAAAUUGUACUAAAAAGCAUUAAUCAGUGUUGAUUAAUUAUUUAAAAUUAUUUUAUUUCAUGACAUCUUUUUUGACAUCUGUUAGAGCAAUUCCUUCCUAAAUCAAACACAACCCGGUAAGGAUUAUUUUGAACUUAUAGCAUUGAAGUUACAAAAUCCACUAUCACUAACUUCUACUAAGAAUACAAUGUAAUUUGGUUCCUUCUUUGCUAAACACACGUUCUCUCAUACUGACUACCCUUUAAGAAGGUAAAUAAUAAAGUAAAAAAAAAACCACUCCACACAUCUGGUAAUAAAAAAGGAUAGUAAUAGCAUUUACUAAGUAGAAGUGAGUGGAAAAC